AUGGGGAGUUGCUCCUUUUCGACCUCGCGGAACCAAGCGGUUCGUGCCUUGCUCUGCAAAGGCUCCGAAGGAUACGUCAGGAUUCUCGAUUACCAAUCAAGGACCCCGAACUUCGGUCCCCUCGACGACGGCAUCGGUGGUUUCAGAGACGACGCCGCUUCUGAGCUCGGCGAGUUCGGCUACGUUGCGCGACGGCGCGGGAGACAUGUAUGCGGGGAACGGACCGCGGCACCAUGGUCGGGGGUUGUGGAUCGGGAUGAGGAUGGGGAUGGGGAUGGGGAUGGGGACGAGGGGGAUGGGGAUAUGAAGGUUGUGAAGAUUGGUCGGUGGCGGGCGGUCUGUGUGAUACUGAGCAUGUGGGCGCAACUCUUUCUGCAGGCAUCCAAUAUGUCCGGCAUGACCAUGACGCAGUCCACCAUUGCUGACGCGCUCAACUCGUACGCCUCCGCCAUGUGGUUCACGACGGCCUAUCUCAUCGCCGCCUCCGCUCUGUCUCCGCUCCUCGGGCGCCUCUGCACCAUCUUCCCCCUCGCACCCUCAUACUACCGUCCUCUCUCGCUUUUUCGGCCGGCUGUCUGCUCGAGCUCUGUUUUGGAUACAGGCCCCCAUCGCCCUGGCGUCGGGAGUGGGCGUUUUCUCGCCUUGCCUCCCAAUGUCGGCGUGUCUGAGCGGUCUAAGCACGGCUCACUUCGAGAGAAGUUGGUCAAGAUUGACUAUCUCGGGGCAUGUUUGUUGACCAUCACGAUCGUCUUCUUCCUCUACGGUUUGGCUGGGGAUAUCCAGCCAACGCCACUAAUAAUCUCCGUGGGCACACUGGGCAUGUUUGUCUUUGCCGAGUAUUACAUCGCAGCCGAUCCAAUUAUCCCCAUCAAAGUCUUGUCAUCCCGAGGCAUCCUCCUUUCAUGCCUCGCGAAUCUCGGGUUCAUGGCUGCCCGGUGGACCUUGUUAUACUACGCUCCGGUGUUCAUGCUUGCCGUGCAAGGGUACUCGCCCCCGGCUGCCGGAUCGAUCCUCGUCGCCACAAACUUUGGCUUCGGGUCCGGAGGUCUCAUCAUCGGCUGGCUGCACAUACGUCGAGGCGGCAGCUUCUGGCUCCCCUCGGCCAUCAGCAUGGCUGUCUUCUCUGCGACCCUCUAUCUACUAUCAACGGUGGGUUAUCCCAACACGCCGGCCGUGAUUAUGGCGCUGGCGGGCACGCAGUUCAUCACGACGAGCCUGAUGGGCACGGUGCGCGGAUUUGGCGGAAGCUUCGGCACGGCUAUCGGCGGAGGGGUGUUUUACCGGCUCCUGCGCGCUGCGCUGGAACGAGGAUACGCGGAUCUGGACGGCACGCAUGACGGGUUGACCAAGGAGAGGGCGGAGCUCGUCAGAAAGCUCUUGGGCAGCCCCAACCACGUCUUCUCGGGAGGACUGGGCCUCGAGGAACGACAGGUGGCCAUCGAGGGAUAUGCCGGGGCGUCGAGGGCGACGUGGGCUGCGGCUGCGGGGUUGGGCCUCGUCGUCGUAUUCAUCCAGUUGGGUACAGGGUGGACGAGCCCGGAGCGCGAGAAGAACCGCCCGGUGGGGACACUCGAACACAGGGAGGAGGAAGACGAGGAGGCCAGGGCGGCGUUGUUGGAGAGCGAGGGCGUCGGGGAAGCAUGA